AUGUCUCCACCCCGUCGAGCUCUUAUCGCCGUCACGUCGGCUCACGCCCCCCUGUACCCAGAGGGCAAAGAGACCGGGCUGUUCAUCACCGAAGCCCUGCAUCCCUUCAAUGUCUUCCGAAAGGCAGGGUUCGAAGUUGACCUCGUGUCAGAGACGGGGUCAUACCAGCCUGACUGGUUGUCUCAACAGAAAGAAUGGCUUCCCGACGAAGACCGAGCCGUGUGGGAAGACCAUUCAAGUGAGUUUCGGUCGAAACUCGACCAUUUGCUGAGACCAAGUGAGGUCAACGCAAGCAACUAUGGAUUGUUCUUUGCGUCAGCGGGCCAUGCCUCACUGAUUGAUUACCCGGACGCCAACGGUCUACAGGACAUUGCGUCGGAAAUGUACAGUGCCGGUGCUAUUAUUGCUGCAGUCUGCCACGGAGGCGCGAUCUUCCCAGGAAUUAUCGACCCAAGCACGGGAAAAUCCAUUAUCGCUAACCGCAAGGUCACUGGAUUCACCACCCGGGGCGAAGAGGAAGAAGGCGUGCUCAGCACGAUUCAGAGCUGGAACCGACCUACGAUCGAGGCGUCAGCUGCCUCAUCUGGAGCCACUUACGUGUCUCCUGCCGGACCGUGGGAUGCGUUCACAAUCACCGAUGGUCGAAUUGUGACUGGAGCAAACCCGGCCAGCGCCCAUGUUACCGCCGAAGCAUCGGUUAAGGCAUUUGCGUCUCUGUAA